GGACAAAGAGCAGAUGGUGGUGGGGACACCAAGCUAGGGCUGGGGACGGAAUGUGUUUCCUCAUCACCUCCAUCUUCAUUGUGUCUGAAGUGAGCAGAAACUGGCCAAUUCUGUGCCUGAGGUUAUUAGAGAGACAGACAGACAGACAACCAGUAUGAUGGGAGGAGACACAAUGAGAAACAGAUGAGGAGGGGAGUACAGGAGUGGAGGAAAUGUGGAGGUGAGGAAACAGUGAUUACAGGCCACAUGGGAAAUAGACCAGACUGGAUAAGACAGGAGGUCAAGAUGGAAGAGAGGAGAGUCUGGCACGAUGAGGUCAGUUCUGUAUCUUCCUGUCAAUAAUGAGGGCUGGGCUCAAGGGCACAGAUAUCCUGUCAGUGACCACAGGGCGGAUCUUCUGCAGAAUAGGAAAGAAGAAGUCAGAAUCAUGAAGGAAGUUGCUGGUCACAAGAAGGUGGACAUGGGGAGGUCCUGCCCCACUCUGUCCUCCACAUGAGAAGACUCAGGAAUUGUCUGUCUCUUUACCCUGAUUCUUCCUGACUUCUGAGCACCCCAGGGUCCCUGCACAGGGCUCCUCUCCUUCCUGAUGGCUCUGCUGCUCUCACUUUCUGGAGGGAAUCAGGCCAUGGCUUGGAUCCUGCUUCUUCACCUGCCAACAGCAUGUCUGCAAGCUGGUAACUCAGCAGGAUCCAACAGAUUAAAUGCCUUUGGGGUCAACCAACCAGCAAACCUCUCUGGUGUCCAGGGCGGCUCCAUCGAGAUCCCCUUCUCCUUCUACUUCCCCUGGGAGUUGGCAGAGGAUCCGCAGAUGAGGAUUUUCUGGAGAUGGAAGCACUUCCAUGGGGAAUUUAUCUACAACUCUUCUUCGGGUUUCAUACAUGAGCAUUUCAAGAACAGGCUCAUCCUGACCUGGACACAGCCUCAGACAUCCGGAGUCCUCAGAAUCCUGGACUUGAAGGAGAAGGACCAGACAGGGUACUUCUGCCGAGUUCUUCUGAACACAAGAGAAGGCAUUAAGUUCUGGCAGUCAAUUGAUGGGACCAACCUCGCCAUCACUCCUGGUGAGCACAUCCCAGGUCAGGCCCUGUGGUCCUGACUUCCUUGUACCAUAGAUGUCAUUAGAGAUCCUACAGUUCUGUUCCUUCCCACAGACUCCUCUCAUGUGUUCUGUCCCCUCCCCAGAGCUCUGACAACUCCAUCUUCCUCUUCCCCACAACCAUCCACAAGCCUUAGCUGCUCUCUCUGAGCUGCCCCUCAUUGCCCUCAGAUCCACCCCACCCCCAGCCUCAGCUCUUCCCAGAUGGCCCAGUCUCCUGCUCCUUUCUCCAAACUGACUACCGCCCUGCCCACCCCACCCUCGUUGACACAAAUCCACGUGGAUCUGGCCUCUCCAGGACGGAGCAGCCUUCACCUGGUCCUGUGUCAGGGUCUCCAUUAGAUCUAGACUUUACACCAUAUCUCGUGCCUUCCACAGUAGGUGCCUUCUGGUCCCAGAUACCCCUCCUCCUCUGUCCCCUAACUUCACCAGUC